GAGAGAGAGAGAGCGAAAGAGAGACGCUACCCCUCCCAUCUGAUUCAAAUCCGAUCCGAUGCUAUGCGUAAGCGUGUCUGCGAGAGAAUCGGAGAUUUGAUAGUGUCCAGCCACGCAGCAGUGCCGACCAGGGUAAAGCAACAAGACACCGGGACAGGACAGCACCGCAAAGCAAGCGAGCCCCCCUACUAAGAAACGGCUUGCGUGAUUGACCGGCCCAGCAAAGUCUGAGCGGGUCAUCUUACCACCGGCCAUGGCUUCGAAGCUAAACCCCAAUGUCCUAUACGUCCGUGAGACCCAGGAGUCCCUCUCCUCUCCGGACUCCGACCGGCUCACCCACGCGGAGGCCGGCGACGAGUCAUCGGACAGCGACGGGGAACCAGAGGAGGCUUCACACAAACUCAUACGUAAAGUGUCGACCUCCGGUCAGAUUCGGGCAAAGAAAAGCGUGAAGGAGGGGAUGCUGCUGAAACAGACCAGCUCCUUCCAGAGAUGGAAGAGGAGGUACUUCAAGCUCAGAGGAAGGACCCUCUACUACGCCAAAGACUCCAAGUCCCUCAUAUUCGAUGAAGUGGACCUGUCCGACGCCAGCGUUGCGGAGACCAGCACCAAGAAUGUCAACAACAGUUUCACGGUGAUCACUCCCUUCAGGAAGCUGAUGCUGUGUGCUGAGAACCGCAAGGAGAUGGAGGACUGGAUCAGCGCCCUCAAGUCAGUUCAGAAGUGGGAGACCUAUGAGGCCACUCUGUUUAACAUGGAGCACUUCUCUGGGAUGCAUAACUGGUACGCCUGCUCCCACGCCCGGCCCACCUUCUGCAACGUGUGCAGAGACACGCUGCCCGGCGUCACCUCUCACGGCCUCUCCUGUGAAGUGUGUAAGUUUAAAGCCCAUAAGCGAUGUGCUGUCAGGUCUACCAACAACUGCAAAUGGACCACACUGGCUUCUGUAGGAAAUGACAUCAUGGAGGAUGAGGAUGGGGUGUCCAUGCCUCACCAGUGGUUGGAAGGGAACCUGCCGGUCAGUGCCAAGUGUGUGGUGUGUGACCGUAACUGCGGCAGCGUCCGUCGCCUGCAAGACUGGCGCUGUCUCUGGUGCAAAGCCAUUGUGCAUAGUAGCUGUAAGGAGCUGAUGGAGAAACAGUGCCCUCUGGGUCAGUGCAGAGUGUCCAUCCUCCCGCCCACCGCUCUCAAUAGCAUCGACUCCGAUGGGUUCUGGAAGUCCGCGAGUCCAUCCAGCUUCAGUCCCUUGUUGGUCCUGGUCAACUCCAAGAGCGGAGACAACCAGGGCGUCAAGUUCCUGCGCAAGUUCAAACAGCUGCUCAACCCGGCACAGGUGUUCGACCUGAUGAAUGGAGGACCUCAGCUCGGUUUAAAGGUUUUCCAGAAGUUUGUAUCGUUCCGUGUUCUAGUCUGUGGAGGAGACGGAAGCGUGGGCUGGGUUCUCUCCGAACUGGACAAGCUUGGACUCCAUAAGCAGUGCCAGCUGGGAGUACUUCCUCUGGGCACAGGAAAUGACCUGGCGCGCGUGCUGGGUUGGGGCGGCCUGUGUGAUGAUGACGCCCAGCUGCUGCAGACCCUGGAGAAGCUGGAGAGAGCCACCACCAAGAUGCUGGACAGGUGGAGCAUAAUGACGUAUGAAGUGCCGACUAAAAACACUCCAGCCAUAGUGAAGGAAGACGACCCUCAGGAGGCAACUCUUCAGGUCCAGAUGACUCAGUAUGCAGACUCUGUGGUCUCCCACCUCACCAAGAUACUAGACUCAGACAAGCACAGUGAUGUCAUAUCCUCUGCCAAGUUUCUGUGUGGGACGGUGAAUGACUUCGUGGCGGAGGUGGGCAAAGCCUACGAGCGAGCAGCAGAGAACCGGGAGGAGGCGGAUGCCAUGGCUAAAAAGUGUGCCAUGCUGAACGAGAAGCUGGACUCCCUGGUGAAGGCCCUGAGCGAGGAUGCCGAUGCCCAGCUGGUGCCCAUGGGCUCCGUGUCGCCCCGCUCGGAGGGCGAGGACGGGGCCAACUCCUCGUCAGGCGACUCCCCCGGUGACGGCCCCGCGGUGCCCCGGCCCUUCAGGAGCCGAGAGCAGCUCAUGCUGAGGGCCAACAGCCUGAAGAAGGCCCUGCGGCAGAUCAUCGAGCAGGCGGAGAAAGUGGUGGAUGAGCAGAACCGUCACAUGCAGGUGCAGCGAAUGUCCUCCUCCUCCUCCAUCAAGCGCCAGAGCAGCGACGAGCUCAAGGAAGCCGACACGCGUCAGGGCUGCAUGAGUCCCACCUUUCCGACGCCGCCCAUCACCCUGGAGAAGUCGGAGAGCUUCAGCGCCGUAUCCUUCUCCGAGGACUCCGUACUCUGCACUGAGAAAUGCGUGAUGAACAACUACUUUGGGAUCGGGCUGGAUGCCAAGAUCUCCCUGGAGUUCAACAACAAGAGGGACGAGCACCCCAAAAAGUGCAGCAGUCGCACCAAGAACAUGAUGUGGUACGGAGUCCUGGGGACCAAGGAACUGCUGCAGAAGACCUACAAGAACCUGGAACAGAGAGUUCAGUUGGAGUGUGACGGAGUGGCCAUGUCGCUGCCCAGUCUUCAGGGUCUGGCUGUGUUAAACAUCCCCAGCUAUGCCGGAGGUAUCAACUUCUGGGGAGGCACCAAAGAGGUCAACAAUUUUGGAGCCCCUUCGUUUGAUGAUAAGAAGCUGGAGGUGGUGGCUGUGUUUGGGAGCAUGCAGAUGGCCGUGUCACGCGUCAUCAAGCUACAGCACCACCGCAUCGCACAGUGUCGGCAGGUGAAGAUCACGAUCCUGGGCGAUGAAGGCGUACCUGUGCAGGUGGAUGGGGAGGCCUGGGUUCAGCCCCCCGGCAUCGUCAACAUCGUCCACAGGAACCGCGCCCAGAUGCUCACCAGAGACAGGAACUUUGAGAGCACGCUGAAGUCGUGGGAGGACAAGAAGAGGAGCGACAGCUACGGCUCCUCGCGCCCGCGCCUCAACUCCCAGCAGUCCAUGGAGUACCUCUCAGACGAGGAGUGUGCCCAGGUGCAGCAGCUCGGGAUCGUAGCCGACACACUCAUCAAUAGAAUAAGAGAGGCGGCUAAGACCCAUAAAUUGGUCGAACAGGAACUGGCCCAUGCUGUCAACGCCACUGCCCUGGCCCUGACAGAGGGAUUUCCAUCCAAACCCUCCAGUCCAGAGUGUGUGAGUCGCAGUGCGGCGGUGGAGAUCGUCAACACCAGCAAGGUGCUGCAGCAGGAGACUAGGAUGCUUCUGGAGGGGAAACUACUGCAGCUGGCGUCGUCUCAGGAGCAGGAGCUGCGCUCUACACUCAACAGCCUCGGCGCCGAGCUCCUCAAGCUGGAGGACAUCCACUGGAUCUGUCCCAGCAUGCACUGCAGUGAGGAGGAGUCCCAAAGGGGAGGAGCUAAGAGCAGCAUCAAGCUGAAGAUGAUGCCCAAGGUGAAGAAGGACCGAGAGAAACUCCACAAGCAGAAGUCCAACAGCUCCCUCUCAGAGAGUCGGGACUCAGUCGAGGUAGCUGAUUGGCUGGACUCGCUGGGGUUAGGGGAAUACAAAGAGAGGUUUCAGCACAUCCAGGGCUGGCAGCUGGUACAGCUUCAGAGGCAAGACCUUAAGGAUCUUGGGAUUUCAAAAGUGGGUCAUGUGAAGCGGAUUCUGCAGGCAAUUAAGGACCUGGGAGAGCCGCUUUAACUCCUCCCAUCCAGCAGGGGUCGCCGUUGAGGCCAGAUGGAGGAGGGAGAGAACUCGUCAACCACCCUCUUCUCCAACAAAGAGUGGGGAGCUACGGUCAAAGGAAUGGCCCUGAAUUGCAUAGCAUUGCAUCGACGUUGUGGUCAUGUUUGUUUGCUGUUUCGCUUAGCCCAGCUGAUGUGCGUUUGAUUGCUUCAAAGGUCAAAGGGCAAAGAUGACCAGUCACUGGAGGAAGGGGGCAAUCCUCCGAAGCCAUCGAUUUUUCUUUCUGUCUUUCUCUCUCUUUUUCUUUCGCUCAGUUUUUGCUCAUUAUCUGACUUAGGAUGUUUACUUAAGAUCCCUUGCAUGAACUUACAUUUUUGGUACUCAAGUAAUGGCAUUGCUCUCUCUCUCUUUCUCUCUCUCUCUCUCUCUCUCUCUCUCUCUCUCUCUCUCUCUCUCAGAAGCCAUGAGAUACUUUUUUUCUCUUCUUGAAAAUGUCAGACUUCUUACUUCCUUCCUUUUGCCAAUAAGAACAAAAACGUAAGAUUUCAAUGUCUGUGUUGAAACAAACAAACAAACAAACAAAAACAUCACACACACACACACUCUCUCGUCUUGAAGAAUGUACCAUUUGGACUUGAAUUAUGGCUGGGCUUUCUGUAGACCUAGGAGCUCCAUGUAACCCCCUCUGAAGAUCGAUGUCCUCUGCAUGCCUUCCAGUCCUGCUUUUUUGUGUGGACAAAAAAAAAAACGCAGUGAGAUUUUAUUACCGUUUCCUUUCUUUGUUUUUUAAAAAGAGACUUGAAAAGUUGUGAUUCUGUCCAACGCUCUUUUAUCGCUGGACGUGGCUGUUGUUCCCCAAGCUUCAGUGGUGUAAAGUACUUUUGUGCCAAUUUCAUUUUGAGUGCAGUGGUUUACAAGUGAGGUGUUUUUUCACAGAGAAUUAUUUUGUGUGUGUGCGUGUGUGUGUGUGUGUGCGCGCGCGCGCGCGUGUGUGUGUGUGCAAAAAAAUGUACAUCAUGCAUUUCAAAAUGAUUUUAUCUUGCCUUGCACUUUAAGAAAAAAAAAAUUGAGAGUUACUUAAAUGCAACAAGUGAGAAAUUCUUGUGUGUGGUAAAAAUAUAAUGUAAUGUUUUUAUAGAUGUAAUCAUAGAUUAAGGACCCCCCCCCCCCCACCCCCCCGCCUCCAUAUUUAUGGCAAAUCUGUAAAGCGAAUUAUGAAAAACUACAAAUAAUAUAUACGAAACAUAUAGUAUAACGUAAACGAAUGUUAAGAUAUAUACAGAUGUAUCCCUUGCCAAGGUUGUGUGGUCCCCUCCUCGUGUGUUCUCCACAGUGAACUAAAAGCAUAGACCUUGAUAGUGCGUCAUCUAUUGACAAAUGAAGAGUAUUUAUUUAUGAACUACUGAUAGCAUCACUGCCUGCAAUGCAAGAGGACUCUGAAGGGGGUGACCCUGAUCUGUACCAGAGUCUUUUAGGAUCAAGGUGGGGACCACUUCCUGUAUUUCAAGGCUGCUUAAGUGGUUAAGGGUACGAAGAAUCUAUUUUGUCAGGAAUUUUUUCGAAGUUUGAAGAGGAAUAGGGAUGCUACUGAUUGUGUGCGUAUAGCGGUAGUAUGGGCACUAGCCCCAUGUUUAACAGCAUUCCUGGACGGGGGAGAUUUGUAUUGCUGUGUGAAAGAGACUUACUGUCUGUAUGAUAGCUCUCUGCGCUGGAAGCUUACGUGUUUGUUUCACUCGUUUGUAUCGAACAUACGAUCUUAAAAGAUGUUUCCAGAUUACGUGUGUGCUAUUUAUCCUCGUGAUGUAACUCAAGAACCAAACUUAUGGUGAAGUCAAUUCCUUUGUGUCUUAAAUUAUACUGGUGGGUGUUGGGUGGAGCGACUGUGGUUGAGGGUGUAUACAUGCAAACCCAAUGGCAGCUACCACUGGGUGAGAUUUGGCCAAUAUUUAACGUCAAAUCUGAUUUAAUCCAGUCAGGAUUAUUAAUGAUACUCUUGUGGUGUCAGUCAGAAUGGUUGAGUUUUUGGAGACAAAUGUAGAUUAUGCAAUUUAUGAAGAUCCCACAUCAUCGCCCAAAUACUACUAGUCUUUUUUUUUUUUGGUCUGUAUUAAGUAUUAAUUUUUUUAAAGUGUCACGUAUGACAUGGUCAUGUGAAAUCAACCUAUAAUAUUUCUCUCAUUGUUUAAUGUAUUCCCACAUGGGCCUUACAUGAUGCAAAUCGACAGUCACGGUGGGAUUUACCCUUAAAAUCUCCAAACCAUCAUUGAUGUAGAUGGAGGAAUAUCAGAGGUGGGUCGUGUCGAUGCAUUGCUUUUAGGUACUCUUAGUUCCACAGUGUUAAUGGUGAGAUGUAGUUAUGACUUCGCUGUAUAUACUGUAGAUUAACCUACAUAAAAUCUGAUAAGAUCAUAAGCAUUUGCAUCUGAUAUUCAAGGGCUAUGUUAUUCUACUGCAAAAAAAAUCAAUCCGAAAAAGUAAUAUCAUACCCAGAAGACAUAUCAUGCAAGAGUUAUUCUUCAUUUUUUACAGGUCAGAUGUUAGACUAAACUACCACAUGUGAGGUCAAGUUGAUAAAACUCUAUACAGUUGUCAAGGAUACUGUCAGUUAGGCUACCUAUUAGAAGUAGAUUCAUUUCCUUUGAUGAUAUGACACCAACCAGUCGUUAACGUUAGCUGAUGCUAAACGCUACUGUAUGUGACAACGCCAUGAGUCAUGGGACAAUAUUUGUGCUUUCUCCUUUUCAGCCAUUGGCGAACAUCCAGAGAAAUUGGUCGAUUGUAUGCCUUUUUCUCAUUUCUACUCUUUGUUCCACAUUCUGUUUUCCCUUAUCGCAGCUAUUUAUUACUGAAGCAGAUUGCCGAAUUGUUUGUGUCCAGGUCUGAAACAACAUAGGUAAAUUACUUAUCCCAUUUUUUCCUUCACUUAACAAAAAAAGAUAUGAAAAAUGUUAACACUUCAGAAGAAGUAAACGGGACAAGGCCAGGAAAAAUGUUGAACAGACCCCUUGUGUUUGCUUGCCUGCUUGUUUGCUUUUAAGAGUGGUCAGAAUGUUCUCAGUUCCAGCAGGGACGGGUUUCUGAUGCUUUAACUUCUCAGAGCAGAUAGGGCAAAUCCAUUUAGGGGCACUUUUUCCUUAAAGUGUUGUUGUUCAACAUCCAUGGUGACUAAGAGAGAGAGAGAGUGUUUCAAAAUGAGACUAUUUUCACAGUGGUCGUUGCCAAGCAACGCUUCCUGGAACUACACCCAUUUGGACAUCUGCAUCUAAGAUUGGUCGUGGCCAGAUCCGACACCAGAGUCCAUCGCCAGCUGGGGGUGUUUUGGUGUCACCCUUCCCUUCUAAUACAUCACACACCUCAACAAAAGCUUCAGGUCACCCUGAGGUUUUGACGAGCACGUGUUAGAUCACACACAUUCAACUUUGAACGGCACCAGACCUGGCCAAAACUCAGAUCAGACCUGGCCCAAACUCAGAUCAGACCUGUUCCAGAGCUGGCUGCUUAUUUGGGAUGUUUUAGUAUUUGUAUAAAACCGUAAUGAAAAGGGAUUCUCGUCUGGCGUUAAAACUACAAGAUAUCACUCUUCCAAUGCAAUAUUAGCCUACUGACUGUUCAUGUUUUGGUGAAGUUUUAUCUAAGCAGUUCAUUGAUAUUGCAUCUGUGUAGUUGAAGCCCCGCCCCUCUCUCUGGGCCAUUGGCUCCCUCACCGACUCUUAUACUCCAGGAUUGUUGUUGUUGUUGAACUGGAAGGGAAAAAUAAAAUGUAACCAUUGCUGUUUGA